AGAAACAAUAAUAAUACUUUGACACAGUUUUUAUUUUUAACAUUUAUUUGAUACGGUAUGAGACCCAUUUUUACUGAAUUUAUAGAUCAUCACAGUAUACAAUUUUAAAAUUUAAUGACUGAAAUGAAUGUUUUUGCCACGUUAGGGUGUCAAGGUACCGCUAGCUUUGUGAGAACUUGAAUAUCCUAAACUUAAACACUCAUGAUACUUAAAAUCUAGUUUGUGUUUAUUAUAGGGUGAAGAAAAGAAUAAUAAGAGCAACCAAAAAUACUCAAAGUUAUUACAUGGAGACUAGUUAAACAAAACAAUAAAUGGAAACUUUAAAUGGUAAUGAGGUAUUGGAUAAUUUGUUCAAAUCAAGCUUUUAGAACUGACCCUCUUAACAUGGCCUUUGUUAUGGUUCAAUCAUUAAACUCUAUGAUCCAGGAGUUCAAGUUGCUGACUCUUGUGUGGAACUCAUUCCUACAUUGUAAUAAUAACCCCUUUUUUAAUCUCAAUUCGUUUAAAUUCGCGAAUGACAUCGUAAGUAAGAAAGUUCAAACACAUCAAUAAACUCUAUCAAAAUUAAGACUUUUAAUGUAUGUUGCAUUGCUUUCAUUAUCCCCGAAAUUCAAAGAAAAAACGCGUUUUCUGGCAUAUGAGGUCAACUACGCGGAAUGAGCCGUACACGAAAUAGCUUGUGAUAUUAAAUGGCUUAGUUACAUCAGAGCUGGUCUGAGAGUCACUGUUUCUUAUUUCUCUGUCUAUCCUGGAAUGCUUUUUAUAUCAAAUUUGCAGGCUAUUGGAGUUUUCUGCUAAUCAAAACUCCAUCGUUAAGUUUUCUCUCCAGGCUCAUAAGCUUAGAGAAUAAACAUGAGUUUUCGAUUUCCUCCUCCUUCUGACGAUUUUAACGAUUUUCAGACUCAAGCGCAAAACGAGUUUGACCAUUUUAUGGAAUGGACAGUAAUAGCGUCUAUUGCUUCUGGAGUGGUGGGACUCGUAGCUAUUAUAGCAAUAGUAUAUGCCAUAAUUCAAUGCUUAAAGAAGGCAGGAGAUGCAAUUCCCGCAUACGCCCAGCUUGGUAGCACAGAGAAUGAUCAUAAAGCAUCAAAUUCAUUUCCUUCAACCAGAGAAAUGGAAGUAGUAAUAGAACCAGCUUCUACAGUUCAAAAUUCGAAAACUGAGUUUGCAACGAUGGAAAGAUUCCUGAGCAACAUCACCAAGGAGAAACCCAUCAGAUUCUCUCCUGAGGAACUGGAUAUAAUUACAUGGAACUACUCAACCAUAUUGGGUUCAGGUGCUUUUGGGGUUGUCUACAAAGGAAUAUUGUCCAAUGGAGAAGAUGUGGCUGUCAAAGUAAUCAACAGUUUGGACAUGGAAAUGGAAGAGCAACUAAAAGCAGAAGUUGGAACCCUAGGAAGAACAUACCAUGUCAAUCUGGUGAGGCUUUAUGGCUUCUGCUUCCACCGUGACAAGAGAGCUCUUGUUUAUGAGUAUGUAGAAAAUGGGUCUUUGGACAAGCACUUGUUUGGCAGCAAGAAUCAAGACAUUGAGUUGGGAAAGCUUCUUGAGAUUGCAAUUGGAACAGCAAAAGGAAUUGCUUAUUUACAUGAAGAGUGUCAAAAGAGAAUAAUUCAUUAUGAUAUUAAACCAGAGAAUGUUCUUCUUGACAUGAAGUUGGAACCAAAGGUUGCAGAUUUUGGCCUAGCUAAGCUUUGCAGCAGAGAAAAUAACGUUUCAGUAAACACACACUUUAGAGGAACAAGGGGAUAUGCUGCACCAGAAAUGUGGAAGCCUUUUCCAGUGACUCACAAGUGUGACGUUUAUAGUUUUGGUAUUCUCCUGUUUGAAAUGGUUGGGAGGAGAAGGCAUUUUGAUGAUAACUACAGAGAAUCACAACAGUGGCUUCCACAAUGGACAUGGGAUAUGUUUGAGAAUAAUGAGUUAUCUGUGAUGCUUUCAUUUUGUGGAAUUGAGGAGAAAGACAAGGAGAAAGGUGAGAGAAUGUCAAAGGUGGCUCUGUGGUGUGUUCAGUAUUCACCUGAUGAUAGACCUCUUAUGAGUACUGUGGUGAAGAUGCUUGAGGGUGAAAUUGAAAUUUCUCCACCUCCAUUUCCCUUCCAAAACCUGGUGUCUGUUAAGCCAAACCUCACUCAAAAAGAAAGUAGUACUGAAGAUUCAGAUGCUACCCAGUCAUGGGAAACAACUUCAAACCCGGAAUAUGGCUCCAAAAUCAAGCGCAAUACAUUUGAGAUCGAAGAACUUCCUUAGUUGUAUCAUAACAGUACCGAGAUUAUUGUACAUUCAAAGAGCAUUUUUUUAGCUUUGUUGAAUUUACAACUACGAGCUACAUUCUGCAAUAACCCAAUUUGUUGCCUAAACUAAAACCUCCAAACUCUGUAUCAGUUUUGUCAGUUCAUUAUGCAGAGGAGGAAGGGAGUGAAAGCUUUGUACUUUAUGGAAGGAGUGAAAAUAGGAAUGCGUUAAUCAUA